AUGACGAAGAAAGCAGAUGCAAUGCCUGGUAGUCAUGAACUCUGGACAGAUGGCCUUAUCUGUGCUUUCGAGUUCAAACCAAGCAGUUUGAGAUUUGGUCAUAGGAACAAGCCCCUAAGUGUUGCUCAUGAUGAUGGUGAAAGAGAGGGUGGUCAUUGGGUGCCAAUUGGGUGGGCUAGAAUUUUAGAAAUCGUCCCAACUGUGCAAGCUGAUGAAGACUACUCGACUGUUGCAGACUUAGCAGCUCGGCCUGUUUGGUGGUGCCAUGUCUCAGCAGAACACCCCUCAGUUAAAGCUCGGCUCGAUGAUGACCGGUGGCUACAUCGUGAUGUCAGUUUAUCUUUAAAAGAUGAAACUCAACUGAUCAGUGACAGAAUGAAACCUCUUUUAUAUGAGGUUCCAAUUAGGGUUCAUGGGGGUUUGUUAUUUGAGCUCUUGGGACAGUCAGUUGGUAAUGAGGGCCAGAAUGAUAUACCCAUUGUGCUUCGUUCUUGGCAAGACCAAAACUUCCUUGUAACUGUUUUGCAUAUCAAAGGGCAUGUGUCAAGUGCAAAUGUGUCUGGCAUCACAGAAGUUCUCGAACUUCUUUCCCAUGGAGGCCAUAACGUACCGACAACAAUACAUGAAGUCAUUGCACAUCUAACUAGCCGCCUUGCUCGAUGGGAUUACAGGCUAUUCCGCAAGUCCAUAUUUGGUGCAGUAGAUGAGCUUGGAUUGAAAUUUAUGUACAUGAGAAACCAUAAAGAGAUGAAUCUUUUCAGCAAAAUUCUCAACGAAGAAAUCAAAACCUUAUCAAACCAGGUCAUCAGAGUAAAAUGGUCACUUCAUGCAAGGGAGGAGAUUUUGUCUGAGCUUCUUGACCAUUUAAGAGGAAAUAUCACAAGAAGCUUAUUGAAGAAAACAAGAAAGAGCACAAGAGAAAUGAUUGAGGAGCAAGAAGAAGUUCGUGGCCGUUUAUUUUUAAUUCAGGAUGUGAUGCAGAGCAAUGUUGAUGCAUCGAUUCACCGGAGACUUGGUGUUUAUGGUGGCUGUGGCCUUGUACUUUCCAUCAUCACCGGGCUGCUUGGAAUCAAUGUUGAUGGAGUGCCUGGAGCAAAAAACGCACCAUAUGCCUUUGGAAUUUUUUCAGCCAUUCUCUUGAUUAUUGGAUGCGUGAUAAGCGGACUUGGCAACUAUUACCUUAGGUUGAAAAAGCCUAUUUCUAAAGAGCAAGUUCAAGCUAGAAAACGGGAGCUUGAAGAUCAUGUCAAGAGGUUUCAGUACGAGGUAGAGACUCAUGCCCCGGUUGGUAAAACCGUGCAUCGGAAUUAUUUACCCUCAACAAUGGGAGAUGCAUUCACUGUCCGCAUUGAUUGA